CGACGAAGAAAGCAAAGCCAAUAAAAAAAGAAGAAGCAGAAGCAGAAAAAAAGAGUCGGUUUGGUCCGAAUAAUUUUAGAAUCCGUUCAAGCUGCUACACGACGCGAACCCGACUUUGGCACGCCGCAGCAGAGCGCAGUGCAACGCUGCGAAGGAAAAUGACAACCUCCUGGCUCUAAGUACAUUUCGAAGGGGGGUCGUCCCUAAGCGUGUGUGUGUGUUCGCAAGUUGAGCGAAAGAUAAUUAGAAAGGAAAAAUCGGCGAUGAUGGAUUUUUAUGAGCCGGUCUGUGACUAAGAAAAUUUUGGUCCGGUGAUUAUGGUGAAAAACAGCUGAAAAAAAGACGAAAUUAUGACGUCACAGAGGAAAUUUGAGGCUCAGCAGCAAAUCGUUUCCAAUUAUAAAUAAAAACUGAAGAAAUUCGAAACGCCACCGAUUCGUGAAAGUUCUGAAUUUUAACGGCCACAGCGCGAAUUGUGGCGAAUUUUCCACGCGUGCAAAAACCACAAUAAACAAAAAAGGUUUCAAAUGGAAAAUUCAUGUUUCCUCGAACGGGAAAAGUCAACAUUGUAAAAGAUUUGCUGCUAUAGUGUGCGAGUAAUACUAGUGACGUGGUGAACGUUGCUAUAGCGACAGUGAAGAGGAAAAUUUGCUGUUUUUACUGGAUGCAUUUGUUGUUGGAGGGAAAAGCACUUGAGCCGCUGCAUCAAUAAAGACUAGAAUCUGCGCUCCAUCCCACUUCGACGUUUCUCGUCCCGAGCUGAAAGUCAACCACAAAUGCAACAAUGGCAGGACACUCGUCAGGCUUAUCGCGCAGCAAGUCCUCGACCGGAAACAUCCACAAGAUCCGCGAGUUCGAGCUGGACAAGGUCACGCUGUCCGAUGAGUUCGACAUCCUGCAGAUCGUCGGCGAGGGCUGGUUCGGCAAGAUUCUGCUCGUGGAGCACCGGGCCACCGACACGGAGAUGGUGCUGAAGCUGCUGCCGAAGCCGUUCGUGUCGCUGACGGACUUUUACAAGGAGUUUCACUUUAGCUUGAGCCUGGGCAAUCACAAGAACAUCGUUACGACGUACGAUGUGGCGUUCGAGACGGCCGGGUUCUACGUGUUUACGCAGGAGUAUGCGCCGCUCGGCGAUUUAACGUCAAAUGUGUCGGACAGUGGAAUUGGGGAGUUGCAUACCAAACGGGUCGCCCGGCAGCUGGCUUCUGCCAUCGACUACAUGCAUCAAAAAGAACUCAUCCACCGGGACAUCAAGCUGGACAAUGUGCUGGUAUUUCGGUCGGACUUUGCCCGCAUCAAGCUGUGCGACUUUGGCGAGUCUCGUCGAACCGGGGAGGAGGUGCUGCGGCGGAACGAGUGGCUGCCGUACAGUCCCCCGGAGGUCCUGGCGGUUAAGACCGAUGAUAAAUACAAGACUGAUACUGCACACGACGUUUGGCAAUUCGGUAUCGUAUGCUUUGUCUGCUUGACGGGAUGUCUACCCUGGCAGAAGGCCUCCAUCGAUGAUCCCAGAUUCAAUAGGUUCCAGGUGUGGCACAACGCGACGCUCACAUUUCCAAUGAAACGCUGCCCGAAGCUGUUCAAGCUGCUGUCGGCGCGGGCGUGCAAGAUCUUCAAGAAGUUCCUGGACCCGCGUCCGGACCGGCGGCUGAAGGCGCUGAGCGACGUCCAGAAGUACCUGGACGACCGGUGGCUGGCGAAGAGUGCCGAGAAGGAGAUGGCGGACAACGAGCCGGACGAGCUGUGUCCGUCGAUGUACUCGUUCCAUAGCAGUGUGGACGAGAAGAAUCGGUUGCUGUCGACGUUGGCGCAGUGCGGAAUCGAGACCACGGUGGACAGGGCGGCCAAGAAGAACCGGAUUAGGGACUGGAUUCAAUCGUCGGUGAUUACUGAGGAAGAGGAGGAGGAUGAUUCCGGGACGGCAACUCCGACCUCGACGGCUUCAAGGACAGCCAUUCCUGGGCACGUGUCGUCUGUUGCGGCGAUGGAGCGAGCGGCGGAGAAGAAGAUCAACUCGACGGUCAAGGACGCGUCACAGAAGCACAUCGACCCGCGGACGGGCACGAUCCAGCUGAGCCCAAGCGAGAUGGGAUCGGUAAACAAGCCGUCGUCGAUCGCGAUCAAGAACGAUCGUAACAACAACAGCAGGGACAAACCGAUGACCAAUGGGGGGAACAACUUUAGCUCAAACAGGUUCUACGACAACUCAGUUCCAGUCAACCCACUCGCGCACAGCAACAGCGGAUCCACGACCCAGGGUCUCAUGAAAGCAUUUAAUUCGGCAGCGGCCGUGUCCGUGCCGGAGAUCAACGGACGAUCCACCAAACCAGCUCAACCAGCAUUGUCCAAGUAUCAAGAGAGUGCCGUUCGCGACUCCGGAUACGGAGGAUCCACCGACGGAAACCGCCAGCGAAGACUGGCCCCGACCAGCAUGGCCAGCAGCAGCCCAAUGGUCCGACAAUCCCCAAUCCUAGCGAAACGAUCCGCCAUGAUCGCGUCGGACAACACGACCCACGAGGACGACGAGGUUCUGGACGAGGACGAUCGGGAGUUCCCGAACGACUUUGAGGAUCUCAUGGAGUCCAACAAUGGGUACAAGCUCAACGGCAGGGCCGUUGCCAAGGACAGCCCGUACGACAAGCUCUUCUUUAGGAGAAAGUGAUCGCCGCUCGUGAUCGCGCUCAAGUUGCACCGGUUUGCAAGGCACCUCGUUUCUUUACACACACACACUUUGGUUUUUCUUUAGUAUCGUCGCGAAGAAGAAGACAUUUUCGGUAGUUUGUCGGCUACGAUCGGGUAGCCGGUUUUGGGAGAAAAAUCGCACUGAUGUUCGUUAAUCUUGAAGUGUUUUUGCACACGGGCACACAUUUUGAUACCACUUACACACACGCACACCACUAUCUCACGAUAUUCAUACUUUGACUGUUACUAUUAUUAUGAUUAGUUAGGUAGAUAAGACA